UAUAUGUAUAUAUAUAUAAUAUAUAUAUAAGGCUAACAUCUAGCAAAAUUUUUUGAGUGCGGCGCGACGUGGCAAGUAAAUUCGUAUUAUCAGAUCAAAAUAGAAAUAAGGAGAAGAAGAAGCAGAAGCUAGACAAGAACCUGUAGCCGACAAAGCUAACGACAACUAUGAAGAUGACGACACACCAAUUGCUCAACAGAAACGUACGCACAAUGCCCGACUGGGUGAAUGAGGCGAAUGAUCGCAUUGGACCCAAGCCGCCGCCAACGCCAAUGAAUGGCAACGCGUCAAUGAAUGGAGCUCAGCUCAAGGUGCCGGCCCUGCCUCCCAAAACGAAGAACACACCCGAACCCGACUACGAAGUCAUCGAGUUCUCCAAUCAGCAACAGUACUCAAAUGAGCCUAUGAAAACUACACAGAUCCGUACCAAAACGCCAGAGAACAAACUGAAAUGCACACUGUGUGGAUCGCAGAAUCCGUGGGUAACCUGUGCCGAGUGCGCUGGCCAAAUCUUUUGCGCCUCAUGCGACGACAUGUUCCACAAGCAUCCCAAGCGCAGGCAGCACAUACGCAAGGCUGCGGAGCAGGGCACACCGCCCAUACCACCCAAGGCGGGUGCUGGAGGAGCGCCACCGCCGGUCGCACCACCGCGACGCAGCAAACGUGGUUUGUUGACACCGUUUCUGGGCCGCAAGGAACAGAUGUUGCCACCGCCCUCGCCGACGCCGUCGCAUAAGUCCGCCGGUGGCUGGCGGGGCCCAGCAGUUGCGCCGCAAAUGAAUAAUCGCCCGUUGCCGGAGCCGCCACGGCCAGCGCCAAGUGAGGGCGGCGGCUCCUCUCGCUCGGGCACGCCCAAAUCAGUAUUCGACACAAUCAGCCGUCCGCCCUCGGUGCAGCUGGAGAAGAUUAAGAGCAAGGCGAACGCCACACUGGAUCGCAUGGCCCUGUUGCAGCAACGCUAUCGCCAGCAGAAGGCGCAGCACGAGCCAGGCAACCCCGAACAGCAGCUGAACUUCGAGCAUUGGUCAAACAUUUCACCAUCGCCCUCGCAUUUUCGUUCCGGCAGCAUGUCAUCCGGUUUGAACUCAUCGCAUUUUGAUCUAUCCGAUGAUUCACACAAUUUUCACAAUUCCCUGCUGUUCCAACAACAACAACAACAACGACAGGCAGCGGGCGCUCAGCGUCGUCAAAUGAGCACUUCCGUCUUCAAUUUGAACAGCAUGAGUCCGCGUCGGCCGCUCGCAGAGAAUCAGCACACGGGCUCAGCCUGGGUGGCCAAUCAGCGCAUGCAACAGGCUCAGUCCAUGGCGCACCUCAACUGCGCUGGCUGCCAGAGUCAACAGCCCAAUUGGCCAGGACAUGCGCAUCCACACGAUGAGUGGUCACAGUUUGGUUCGCAGCAGCAGUUCAAUCACUCGAAUCUGUCGCUCAACGUGGGCGCCGGCUAUUUGCCACAGCAUCCGCAGCACAUGCAGCAGCAUCCGCACUAUCCGCCACCUGUUUUCAUGACACAACGCGGCAUUAUGCCCAACAUGUAUCCGGGCGCGGCGGGCUAUCCCAUGAUGCAUCCAGGUGUUAUGGGCAUGCCACCCACAGCUGCCUCGCGUGCCACGUCGCGCGCUCGCUAUGCUGCCUCGCCCACGCCCAGUCGCAAGUCCAUGUCGAUGCGCCGCAAGCGCAGCAGCUACGUUGACGAUGAGCUGACCGAUGAUGAGGACUCGGAUCAGGACGAUCGUCGCUCCUUGGUCUCCAACAGAUCGGGCAUGACGAGCGCCUCGCGAGCUCAUCAGCAUCAUCAGCGCCAGCGACGCAUGUCCAGUGCCUCGCAGCUCAUCAGCAAUGGCAACGGGGCUAACGACGAGCUGGAUGGCGAGCAGCGACAUGCUGGCAGGCAGCACAAGAUGCGGGAUCGUCGCGGAUCCAUAGCGAAGAGUGUGCAGAGCGAAUGGCUGCCCGAGCGUCGGGACUCGAAUGCCAGUGCCGCCGGAACCUUGAAGCGAAGUCAACAGCAAGAGGCGCCCAAAACAAGUCGCAUCUACUCGGAUCUGGAGUCCGAGGGUUCGGGUGCACGCGCUUUGGUGCAAGCCAAAAUACAGCAGAAGCUCCAAGAGGCAGAUCAACAAAAGGUCAAGAGAGCCGAGUCGAAGCGCAAGCCCGAAAUGAAGGACGAGAACACGCAGGCUGCGGCUGUGGUGCAGAAAGUGCCUGAAGCGCCAGCCAAGCCCACAGAGCAGAGCGAAUCGGAGUACGAGGAAGUCGUGGAGGAAGUGACAGCUUCGGAGACCGAAGAGGAGCAACCGGCAGCCAGUGCAGCAGCUGAGCCCGAAGCUGGCGAAGAUGAUCUGGGCCCGCCGCCCUCGACACCCGAUCACGAAUGGGAAUGCGAGUUUUGCACAUUUGUGAACGAGCCAAACAUCAAAAUCUGUGCCAUCUGCUGCAAGACGCCCUGCAAGCAGCCAGCGAAGCCCAAGGAAGCCACAGCUGCGCCUAAGCCAACAAAAGUUCAGUCGGAGUCGAAGCUCGUGCGCAAGAGCUCCAUGAAAGCCACGACAAGGCCAACACUGGAGCAGGCUGUGCAAGGCAACAGCAAGGCGCCAGCUCAAGCAGCCGCAGCCACAGCCACAGCCACAGCCAAGUCCAAGCAGGCAACCACAGCCACAAGCACCACCAGCAAGAAGCCGACAACAGCAAUCAAGUCCAAGCUGAAGACCACAACAGGAAAUCAAACAGAAAACUCGCUGGGCCCGGGCUUCAUACACAAAGAAUCCGUUGAGAAUAUAUGGAAUACACUGGAUGAGAGCAUACAGGCGCAGGCGGAGCAGGUGCUAAAGCAGUCCAAGAAAAUCUCCACUGGCUGCGGCGGGACACCGCCGCGCGAGCUGCCAACGCAAACGGCUGCACGCGAAAUGGGCACCUCGCCACCACCGCAAAGCAUCUCGACACAAACCUACGACGCUUUGCCCUUCGGCGCGCAGCCAGAGACGCAGCCCGAGCCGGAACGUUACCGAACACCCGAACCAGCUAAGAUGGAACGCAAGCCCUACUAUCGCAGCAGCUCACAGCUGACGCAGGAGAACGAACGCUAUCGUAACUCGAACGACUUGCGGACUGCGGAGAGCAUGUCCAACCAGCUGACGCGCAGGCCCAACUUUAUCAAUGAUCUUAAAGUGCUGCAGCACCAAACCUCUUCGCCCUUUGACUUGCCGCACGAGUCGCUCGGCCAUAGGCACGAGCCCGCUAGAGAUCCCGAAAUCGAAAUGCAUAUUAUACUCAAGGAGCUGGAGCUGUAUAAGUUUACGGUGGAGGAGCUGGAAGCAGCUCUUAAGUACUGUGGACCCGACGUACAUCCCAUACAGUGGCUGCGCGAGAACUGGCACAAGCUGGUCCAAACCGUGCAAAGCCUGUCCACAAAGUACGGCCAGGAGCGCGCGGAGAAUACCAUCGGCACCAUCUCGCAGAACGAGGCGAGGGAAGCGCUGCGCAGCUCGGCCGGAAAUGUUUGGCAGGCGGUCGCCGACUGCAUACAGCAGCGCCAGCAAAAGUAUCGCAAGCUCGCAGCGAAGGGCAACUUUCUGAGCGAGGACAUUGUGAAUGCGCUGACAGCGCAUCAAGGUAAUGUGGACCAGGCACUGGUCGAACUGAAUCGCACACAGCUUAAACCAUUUCUAAUGCGCAUCUGGGGCUCGCCGAAUGGCGUGGAGAAUGAAAGUGCGGCUGUAGAUAACCAAUCGGAUAUCCAUGAGUUUCUGAACACUCACGCUUUGGACUGUCUGCAGCUGCAGAGCAGCGAGAGUCCUGCCUUAGCCUAUUCAUACGACGACAAUUCCAGCCCAGCGAAGUCUGCCUAUGCCACGCCCAGUCCGUAUCAGCUGGAGGACGGCACAUUGAAGAAUCUAGAGAUUCUGAUUGGCAAUAUGGAGCAGAAUCAGGCCAAGCAGAACCAGGAAGUUCUGCGCUCGAUAGAGACGAUGCUGGAGACUUUCAAGGGCAAGCCCGAGCUGGAAUACGAAACAGAUCCGGAAGUGAUGCGUAUUCUCACCAAAAGCCCCAUUAGCACACUCAAAUCGCCCUCGGCUCUGCCAGAGAAGUCCAGUGAUGACGUCAAGAACUUUGUCUGGCAACAUAUUCAGGACAUUGUUCCCAACUUGGUGCAACAGGUGGAGCAAGAGCUCAUGGAACCCACGGAGGUAGCCCAACCCACAGUCACAGCUGUGCCCACAGAGACAGUGCCCCAGAAGGAGGCGACACCAGCGCCUGAUCCGGCAGUUUACAUUAUGGAAGAACUCAUCAAGCCUAACUUAAGAGAGAGUUCCAUGCGCGAGGAGUUACCUCCCAAUUUCCUUUAUGCUACAGAAAUAGCCAAUUUCAAACUAGAGUUCGAUCGUGCCACGGAGAGGUUGCAUGAGCAGCAGUGGCAAUUGGAUGAUUUCGAAGAUGCCGAGCGUAUAGUCUACAAAAGCUUUUUAGCACCUCAAGUGGAAGCUGUCACAGAAGAAGUAUUGCCAGAGCAUGUUAGUGAAGAGAAGAAUCAGAGUUCAACAGAUCUGGAGAGUCCUGUGACUGCAGUUGGAGUCACUGAGGUAGAAGCGGCUCAGAACUUACAGCCAGCAGCACUUAGAGUUACACAAAUGCAACAAGAAUCCGAUGCAGUCAAAGAACCAGAGGAAGUUAUCAUAGAAGAGUCUAUUAAUCAGGCAGCCGAGGCAACGGUCUCUGCUAAAGCCGAGACUGCACCAGAGCAGACAGCCACAAAUGAGGCCAAGGAAACUGCGACAGCAGCUGAGACACAAGCUAAGCUGGACGACAAGCCCAGCACUAGCCGCGAAGCCUACAAGAGAAAUAGAAGAUCCCAACUGCCGAAGAAAGGCAGAAGUCAAAGAGAUCAAAGUCAAAGGCCAACAAACAGAAAUCGCUUGCCAAAUAAUGCAGAGAAAGUUGAGCAACAGAAGGAAGCAAAGGAGCAGGCACAGCAUGUUGCAAUGAAAGCUAUAAAUGAGGCAGAGCUAGAAGCUGCACUGGCUGCAGCUGAAGUAGAAGACGAAGCUAAAGGCAGCGAAAAGCAAGCUGAAACAGCAGCCACAGCAGCUGAGUCGGAGGAAGUCAAGGACGCGGCCCAGGCAGUGGUAGAGGGGCCAGCUGAAGAUCAAGAAGAAGCCAAAGUAAUUGUACCAGCAGAAGCCUCAGCUGCACCACAAGCUGCAGCACUUGAUACCAAACCGGAAGAAGAGCAAUCAGAGACUUUGGCUCAGGUGCAGCUGAGUGCUGAGUCACAAAUUUCUCAAGCUGCAGACGAGACAACUGCAGAGAGACAAAUUAUGCCCAAUCAGGCUAGCGCACAGCCUGAAGAGCUCCAACUGUCAGUUCAGCUCAAUGAAGAGUCAAUUCCAGCGGCCUCGGAUGAACCUGCUCCAACUGAGCCGCCCGCAGCCACAACUGUGCAGCUGAUCCCAACGAUUGCUGUGACAAGCAACCAGAAGCGCAGUGCGAAGCGUUUCUCCAAAAUACCCGUGAGAACGCUGAGCACAAGUAGCCUGCACAGGGAAAGCAGAACUGAUACGCCAGUUGAGGCUGAAGUGGCAACUGAAGCAAGCUCCGAGGCGACACCAAAUGUGGAGCAAGAGCUGCCAACAGCUGAACAGGCUGCGGUAGCCGUUGUAGUUACGCCCAGCGAGGAGGUGUCAGAGGAAGUUUUCGAAGAUGCAGCAGAGUUCAGCAGCGAGGAGCAACGCCAACCUGACGACUCUCCCUCCGACACAGAGCUCUACAGUCUGGACAGUGAAGAGCAUCCAGCUAAGUCGCCAGACAGUGCUGAGGUGUUGCUCGUACUGAGCCCAGAGCAAGCAAUCGGCAGCUCGAAUCUAGUUCAGUCGGCCAGCAAUACAACAAUCAGUUCGCACUCAAGUGAUGAGGUGGAGCCAGUGGUCUUUAAGGAGUUCAUACCGUCGGGCGACCCAGCCAAGCAGAAUCUGAGUGAGCUCGUCGAGGACACCCAACGUCUGAUCAAGCAAAUGCGCGAUGAGAUCAGCAUGGAUGAGUUUGAGUCCACUGAUGAAGACGACUACUCCGAGGACUAUUCCGAUGAGUACGAUGAGGGCGAAGAGGAAGGCUGGUAUGACAGCGAGGGCGAGGAAGAAGAGGGCACCUACAACGAGCAAGCCUCGCUUAUUGAGGAGGCUUCGAGUGGUGCCGCUGGCCUGCUCGACGAAGAAGCCACUGAGAUCGAAGACAUUAUGGAGGAGGAUGAGUUUGAAGCUGAAGCUGAGAUAAUGGGAGAGCAGAGAGCUGACAUACAAGAAACAGUCACGAGCACCUCAUCAGUCACGCCCACAAAUCAUGAAAAUGAGGCAACUGAAACCGUUUCCUUUGCAGCCAGCGCCGCCGUUGAGCCAACAACUGCAGCUGCUGCUGCAGCGAAGGCUGAAGAUGCUGUGAACGAAGUUGUGGAGUCAAUUGCUCCAGCAGCUCCACUCAUACCUCUAACCGAAAGUAGACCAGCCGAGCUGCCUGCGGAGAUUGUAUUAGAGGCGGAGCCUACACCAGCUGUGGCAACGGAACCAAUUGCUUUGCCCCUCAUGCCCGAUCCACCCAUUGUCGACUCCGAAACCCGUCCAGUGGAACUGCCAAGCGAAACAGUAUUGGAAGAGCCCAAAAAGGUAAACCCCACAAAGACAACCAAAACUGAGCCACAAAACACAGCCAAAGCAGGCAGCACACCCAAAGCCAGCAAAAUACCUAAGCUAGCAACAAGUGAUAACAACACAGCAACAAAUAACACAACAACAACAACAACAACAACAACAACAACAGCAAGAACCAACAUCAAGAAGUUGCCAUUGCGUUCCAAGUCCUUUUCGGCGCCCAUGGGCAUCUCCUCCGUGAAGCGCAUACAGCAGGAGUUCCUGCAGAAGCAAACUCAAUCGAAUGCAACCAGCAACAGUCGUGUGCCGCUCAAGAGUAGCCCCAGCAACAAGAAGUCCUUGAGCGAUGCCAUCAAUAAGUUCAAUACGAAAACCAACUUGAACGAAACACCCAGCAGCAGUGCUGCGGUAAAUGCCCUGCUCAAGCCGCGCAGUCAGCCGCGUAUACCCAAGAAGAAGUAUCACGAGACCUGCUUCUCGGACGACGAUUACGAUACCUCGGCAACCGAGGAGGACGAGCAGGAGCAGCUGCCGGCCUCAAUUAAGGCAGAGCUGCUGCAGCGUAAGCUCAGCAUACCAGUCUUUCGCGCCUACCCCAGUGUCCAGGAAGCAGUCAUUGAGGAGCCGGCGGUGCUGGCACGCAAGUUCGUGGAGCAGCAGCUGGUGACAAGCAUUGCGGAAGCACAAAUUGCCGCCACAUUGGUCAACAUGAAGUUCCAGGAGGACGUUGCCUUGUGGGCCGCCCGGGAGUGCUCCGAUCUCGAUCAAGCCAUAUCCAUGUUGCAGCAGGAGUGCGAGCUGUGCAUGAACAACUAUCCCAUGAAUCAGAUUGUGUCCAUGCUCAAGUGCACACACAAGUGCUGCAAGCAGUGCGCUAAGAGCUAUUUCACCGUGCAGAUUACCGAUCGCAGCAUCAACGACUGCAGCUGCCCGUACUGCAAGCUGCCCGAGCUGAGCAACGAGCUGCAGCAUGAGGAUGAGCACUUGGAAUACUUCUCCAAUUUGGACAUAUUUCUGAAGAGCAUUUUGGACAACGAUGUGCACGAGCUGUUCCAGCGCAAGCUGCGUGAUCGCACCCUACUCCAGGACCCCAACUUCAAGUGGUGCAUACAAUGCUCGUCGGGCUUCUUUGCCCGGCCCAAGCAGAAGCGCUUGAUAUGCCCCGACUGUGGUUCGGUGACCUGCGCCCAAUGCCGCAAGCCCUGGGAGCGACAGCACGAGGGCACCAGCUGCGAGGCGUAUCUCGAAUGGAAGCGAGAAAACGAUCCGGAGCUGCAGGCACAGGGGGUGCAGGAGCAUUUAGCCCAGAAUGGCAUCGAUUGUCCCAAGUGCAAAUUUCGCUACUCGCUGGCCAGGGGCGGCUGCAUGCACUUCACCUGCACUCAGUGUAAGUUCGAGUUCUGCUACGGCUGCGCUCGACCCUUUAUGAUGGGCGCCAAGUGCACCAUAUCGCCAUACUGUGCCAAGCUGGGCCUGCACGCGCAUCAUCCCCGCAAUUGUCUGUUCUAUCUGCGGGACAAGAUACCGAUGCAGCUGCAGUUUCUGCUCAAGGAGCACAAAGUGAAGUUCGACACGGAGCCAGUAGAGCUGGACAAUGAGCCCAGCAGCUCGAGCAAGGCACGUGCCCAGGCGCGCUGUCCCAUACCACUGCAAAAGGAGACGCCACAGGGUCUGGUGGACACCGUGUGCAAUAGCGAGGUGCCGGACAAGCAUGCGGGCAUGUGUCGCACACAUUACGUCGAGUAUUUGGCUGGCAAGGUGGCCAAGGCCAGCAUCGAUCCGUUGCCCAUUUUCGAUUUGACGGACUGUGUUCAGGAGCUGCGUAGGCGUGGCAUCGCAUUGCCAGAGCGUGGGCCCUGGGACACCGAUGAGAUCUACAAGACCAUGUGCUCUGAGGUAAUCAAACAACGUAUACCAUUGAAAUCGGUCUGAGUGCCUGAGAAAUUGUAUAUGGACUGAAUGUGGUUCUUCCUGAUCUACUUGGGCCGUCGACUCUUCUGCGACUCUUUUGCGCAUAAAUAACUCAUAUUCUAUAUAGACAUUUUUUAUACAUUAUCUGUAAAUUUUAGCGACUUUAUUUACACCCAGACGCACACGCACGACAUAUUUGUUUUAGCUAGUAAACAAUUCGCAUCGUUUAAAUAUUUUUUCAACAUUCAGCCAAGACACAAACCAUAGACGUAGAGCAGACUCAUGGCAUCUAAUAGCAUUCAAU